AUGGCGCAGCCCAUGGAUAUGAGCAAGCGUAAAUCUGGCCGACAAAAAACAACAGAUUCUGCGAAAAAGAGACGGAAGCACGUAGCAAAUACGGCAAUUAACCAACAAAGGGUGUAUAUAGGCCCAUGUUUAGAAAGAUGGACGGCGGUGAAAGACCAAAAUGGUCUCAAAACACAUAUGGAAGUGGCAAUGUUGUUGCUGGACUCGUAUGACGCAUACAAGGUAAUGCUUCGUCGAAAAAAGCUAGAACCCCUUGCCAAGUCAACACCCAAGAAGCCGGAAACUCAAGAAGAGAAAAUCUCACACGGAGAGUCCUCGGAACCAGUUUCAAUAACUGGUCAAUCAGAGAUAUCUGGAUUGCAUCCAAUAAGCUCAAGUGAGGCAGAGACUCAUGAAAGAUUCAAACCAACUGGACAUCCCCAGCAGGCUGUAUCCUUAGUUCCUGGAUUUAGUGCCAGCUUUUGCAACCCGAUGCAGUAA